GCCUCGCAGACACACAAACAGAUAACAGAGAGAGAGAGAGAGAGAGAGAGAGAGAGAGAGAGAGAGAGAUCUGAACCGUUGAAGGAGAGAGAUGGCUGAUUGGGGCGCAGUGGUAGUGGCUGUGAUUCUCUUCGUGCUAUUAUCGCCGGGGCUUCUAUUUCAGCUGCCCGCCAAGGGUAAAAUGGUGGAGUUUGGUAACUUACAGACCAGCGGCAUAUCGAUUUUGGUACACGCCCUCAUCUUCUUCGGCCUCAUCUCUAUCUUCGUCAUUGCCAUUGGUGUCCACAUCAACACCGGUUAGAUGGACGGUUGGAUUUUUUUUUUUUUUUCAGAUUUGCUCAGCCCACACGCUUGUAUAAGGCACACACCACCUACACACGCAAGCAUAGUAGGAACACAUGUGCAAGAUCUAGGCCGCCCAGUCAUGUGAUUCCCCCACAAUGUAAAUGCUCUGUCCUGAAAUUCGGGCCACUCGAUUUCAUCCUUUGCCGUCCACUUGUUUCGAACACUAUGGAUCAUCCAUACAGUGAGGCCUACCUAAUGGACGGGUUAGAUCUUGUACACGUGUGCUUGUGUUGGCGUGUAGAUGGGUUGCUUGUAAACGCGCGUGUGGGCUUAGCAAACCUCUAGAAUUUUAUUUGUGUGUGUGUGUGUUUUGUAUUAGCUAGGGUUUGGCACUCGCUCAUGUGCACUGUCCUCAUAUGUUGACACGAGUCACACGUGUGUAAGAUGGACGGCUAAUCGAGCAAUCCUUGUAUCUAAAAUCAGGUAACUAUGGUCAUCAGGCGGGCCAGAAAUGUAUGUAGAAUUUGAAAAUUAAUCUUAACCGUUAAUUUGUUUUAAUA